AUGCCGUUGGACAGCAAAUUUCUGUUAUUUUCUCAUUCAUGCGAAUCACCCAUGCAACUGUGUGACAAUGGCAGCAUCUGUUUUAGCCCACUGGAACAUUGCAAUGGUUGGUCGAUUUGUGAAGAUGAAGAGGACGAGAUGGGAUGUUCAGAAUGCGACGAUGGCGACUUCCUGUGUAAAAACGGAAAAUGUCUUUUCCGCGAUUUCAGCGUGUGUAACUACGUCGACGACUGUGGUGAUUACAGCAACGAAGAACACUGUGGUCAUUAUGUAUGCGACAAUGGUCAGCACGUGUACGGGGCUCUAGGUGUACUGGAUGGAGUGACUGUGUCGAUGGUAGCGAUUAUCUCGGAUGUCGAAAGUGUAUUAAAAUAUGCCGGCAUGAAAUAUGUCAGGGGGGA